AUGUGCUUUUCGAGUGGCGCCACAAAUGGCGCCCAAGGUGCAGGCAAUUCGGCAAGUGGCAGUGGCAACGUCGCUGGUGGCGCCACCGCAUCCACAUCGAAGGCGGACAAACAAAGAGAUGGCAACGGUGCAAUCAGCAGCGGACUCUGCGGUUGCCAAAAGGCGCCCAAAUCCCAUUGCAUAUCAGCGACAGGCGUUUUGCUGUUGGUACUGCUGUACACGGCCAUGGGCUCCAUCAUUUUUGUAACGCUCGAGGGCGAACUGGAGGAUGCGAAUGCACUGGAAACAGCUGUUGCCGCCUCCAAGCCAUAUCCCCGCACAGAACUGGCCAAUGCCGAGAUUCGUUCCAGAACUGUUGAUCGUCUGUGGUCCAUAACGGAGGAUCUUAAUAUACUCUACAAGGAGAACUGGACACGUCUUGCCGCCCAGGAGGUGCAAUUGUUUCAGGAUACUUUGCUGCGUGCUGUGCGCCAGUCGAAGGUUUAUCAGCCUGGGGGAGUGCAAAUGAAUGCACCGACGCACAAAUGGACCUACGCCUCGGCCUUUCUCUACUCACUGACAUUAAUUACAACGAUAGGCUACGGCGGCAUUUCGCCUCGCACACAAUGGGGCCGCGUGGCGGCUCUUGUUUACGCUCUGUUCGGCAUACCCAUUGUUCUGCUCUAUCUAUCCGCCAUGGGCGAGGCACUCUCGGCCGGAAUGCGAUGCCUGUUUCGACGUCAGCGUGUCAAGGGCAGCGUGGCCAGCGGCCCCGCAACUGGAACCAGCGGUGGCCGCAAAUCGGACAAGGUCAAGGGCCAGCAACAGUAUGGCCAUCCGGCGGGUAAACUGCAUCAAUACGGCUUACCCCCCUCGGUCUAUCAGCAACAACAACAACAGCAGCAGCAGCAGCAACAACAGCAGCAACAGCAACAACAACAGCAGCAGCAACAAGGCAGAAAAUCAAUUGCAGAUGCAUCCCGAGGAUCACCCAGCGUACCCAUCUCGAUCUGUGUGUGCGUUCUCCUUUGCUAUGUCACAAGCGGCGCCAUUUUGUUUCACAAGUUGCAGAAUUGGAGUGUGCUCGAAUCCUUGUACUUUUGCUUCACCUCGUUGGGAACUAUUGGAUUUGGCGAAUUGGCACCGAGCGGCACUUUGACAUUGUACACCGCCUCCGCAUACAUAUUGGUGGGCAUGGCUGUGGUGGCCAUGUGCUUUAGCCUGAUCCAAACGGAAAUUGUGAUGUGGCUGCGUCGCUUCAGUGUUCAGGAUCAUGUGAUGCCCAAGGCUGAGGAAUUGGCACUAGUUACCGUGGCUGUCACACCGAAACCCUCCUGACAACGACCCAGUGCCGAGCUAAUGGGCGGCGCUGGCUCAGCCAUCGGCACUGGAGGCGGCGUUCAACCGGCCAAUAGUCUCGGCCAGCAUCAGACCAUGUUCUUUGGCCCGGCCCACACACUGACACAGUACAGCUCAUUGCCGCGUCGCAGUCACAUGACACAUGGCGGUGUCGGUGUCGGUGUCGGUGGCAUUGGCGUUGGUGGCGCCUCCACAUCGGCAUUUCAACGCAACACGCCCAUACGUCGGUCCACCGGGAUCCCAGAGCAUCACAUGGAAUACUUUGUGCCACGCAGCAUCAGUGAGUUUAAUCUGUCGGGCGUGGGUGACUUGGCAUUGCCGCCACCACGUCGCUUCUCGCCCAACAUGGGCAUGGCCAUGCCCAUGGGCGUCGGUGUGAAUAUGGGCGUCAACAUGGGCAUGGGCAUGGGCAUGCCACAUGGCCUACAGUUGGGCCCACCACAGACGUUACUCUGUGCCGCUGCCACGCCUGCGGCACCGCCGCCCGCCCAACUUCAGAUUGUGACAUUGAAGCCACGCAGCGAGAAAAUGGUCACCUUUGAGGAUGAAUCGAAAUCCGCAGUGUCGGCAGCGACAACGUGUCCACAUGGCGUGCCAACCACGCCCCGCAAAACCAAUGCCGGAGGAUCGACAGCAACGGGCGACAUCUUUAUGUGACCAGCCAUCUGACCAACUGUAACUACAGUGGAGCCACAGCCUUCAUCCGUCGAGGAUGAUUCCGAGCUAAAUGCGGCGUUGCGAUUGCGCGAUAGCAUUGAUGAUGCACUCUGUCCCAAGCAGGCACCUGGUGAGGUGAUACGCGUCUAAAGAGCAGGUUGA